CCUUUUAAGCGGGGCGACGGGCAAAGCAACAUCGAGACCCGAAAGUCCGAAACAAAAAAGGAAAAAACGCCCUUUAUAACAACAGAAAUCAACCAACACACGUUUACAGCCUUUACCUUCUUUCUGAAGACGUGAAAACCACCGCCCAAAAUGCCACAGAACGAGCACAUAGAGUUACACCGCAAGCGCCAUGGGUACCGGCUCGACUACCACGAGAAGAAGAGGAAGAAGGAGAGUCGAGAGGCGCAUGAGCGCUCGCACAAAGCCAAGAAGCUCAUUGGUCUAAAGGCCAAAUUGUACCACAAACAGAGACAUGCUGAGAAGAUUCAGAUGAAAAAAACCAUUAAGAUGCAUGAGAAGAGAAGCACCAAACAGAAAGAUGAUGAGAAGACUCCUGAGGGAGCUGUACCAGCCUACUUGCUUGACAGAGAGGGGCAGUCUCGUGCUAAGGUUCUCUCCAACAUGAUUAAACAGAAGAGGAAGGAGAAGGCUGGGAAGUGGGAGGUGCCACUGCCAAAGGUUCGAGCUCAGGGCGAGACUGAGGUUCUGAAAGUCAUCCGUACUGGAAAGAGACAGAAGAAGGCUUGGAAGAGAAUGGUCACCAAAGUCUGUUUUGUAGGAGAUGGCUUCACACGCAAACCGCCCAAAUACGAACGUUUUAUCAGACCUAUGGGUUUAAGGUUCAAGAAAGCUCAUGUCACUCAUCCAGAGCUUAAGGCCACCUUCUGUCUGCCCAUCCUGGGUGUGAAGAAGAACCCCUCCUCACCUCUCUACACCACACUUGGGGUCAUCACCAAGGGAACAGUAAUCGAAGUCAAUGUCAGUGAACUUGGGCUGGUCACACAGGGUGGGAAGGUCAUCUGGGGUAAAUACGCUCAAGUGACAAACAACCCAGAGAACGACGGCUGCAUCAAUGCGGUGCUGCUUGUAUAACACAACUCUGAACUGUUAAACAAACUGUGCCUGUAAGUGCAACUUGGACUGGACCCAGUAAUCAACAUUUCUAUUGGACAUGCUGAAGAAUAACAUUCCAGCAUGUGUGGGAGGAGAUGGAUAAACGAGCCGAUCGCUGCGCCUUGGACAACCAGAGUGGACUGCCAAAAAACAUCGUUUGAAGGAUUAAACCUAGUCUUAGACUACAUUAAUGCUUUCUGCUGAAAGUAACAUUUAGUCUAUGACCAGGUAAAAUACUUGUUUUGGCAAAUACAGUAACUGUUCCAUUUCACACUUAAUUCAGCUUAUCGCUCCUCUUCAAGUUCUGGGGUGUGAGUGAAAUGAAAACCAGUUUCUGUGGUUCUUCAGUUCUGGUGUUUGAGAAUCUUGUCAUUGUAACCUGUAUAAAUAAGAGCUUGUGAAAUAAAAAUUUCACUGUGUGGAA